AUCUCAUUGAAGUAUGAGUUGUAAAUGAGUUGAAUUGCCUACUAUAGGAUGCCUCAAGGACAGAGAGAUGUACAGAGGACCUACUAAGCUAUCACCAAAAAGUACAGUCUGUAACGCUUGUGUCAACACCUUAAAUACUUGGCAUGACAACCUUGAGGGAGAUGCAUCGAGUAGAGACACAGUAAUGAAUAGUCAGCUCCCUAACCCAUGCAAUCACCAAGAUGGACCACUGACGGUCACCGCCAUAAUGUCUAAUGGCUUCCAGGCGAUGACGUUUCACCCAAACCAUGGAGCAAACGUGAUGCUCUAUGACGACAACACUGUGGCUUACAGGAAAGCAAGUUUUGCCAAUGCAGUCACCAUUAGCGAGCGACCACUCCUGCCCGGUGAGAUCUUCUUGGUGGAGAUAGAGAAGACUGAGCCAGGAUGGACGGGCCAUAUGCGCCUUGGCCUGACCCAGCUGGACCCUGCCAGCCCCGAUCUACCAGAAUUGCCUCCUUACUCCUUGCCAGACAUGACCAAUAUGGGCAACUCGUGGAUCUGUGCAAUCACAAAGAGUCAGAACCGUGUGCAGCAGGACUCUGAAGGGGAAACUGAAGAGGAGGCAUCUGCUGCUGCUGCCGUUGCUGCUGCUGCUGCGGCUGCUGCUGCUGCUGCUGCCGUCACACCCACAACUCCAAAUGAGGGUCCAGAGGAGGGGGGGGGCGGGGGAGGCCAGGAGUGUGCCCCCGCCCCCCCCAAUGAGCAGGAUGGGGCACAACGGGAGGAGGAUGGCCUGGGGGUGUUUCAGCUGCGCAACAGUAACAGACGGCGGGGUGGGGGUGCAGGGGGGCGGGGCCUGGACUCCAUCAUGUUCGGGGAGUACCUAAAGACCUCCCGGGGCCUUGUGCCUCGCUCUGCCCUGCAGCCCACACCCUACGCCUUCACUUCACCCUCUGGCCGCCGGAUCACCCUCAAGCGUGACAACAUACUCCCUACAGACGAGGGCAGCAGGAUAGGAAUCAUCUACUUGCCCAGGGGUAACCUGGCUGAGAUGCACUACAUCAUUAAUGGAGAGGACCAGGGUGCCUUCACCAAGAAGCUGCCCUUUGAACAGGCACCGCUGUAUGCUGUGGUGGAUGUGUACGGCACCACCAAGCAAGUGCGCAUAAUCCAGCUUUAUGGAGUGACAUCGCUUAAAAGUGCAUGCCGAGACAUAAUAGUUAAGCACAUAGCCCAGCACGGAGUGAGUGCCCUGCCCCUGCCCAGAAAAUUAAAGGACUAUCUCCUCUAUGAGAGCUGAGGCACCCACACUGCCAGCCAGACAGACACACAGACAGAAGAGGGUAAGCAAGAAGCUGCAAGGGAGGAGAGUAAAUGAGAGAUGCUUGGAGAGACUCUUCCCCUCACUCCAUCCAUCCGUCCCUCCUCCCCCCCUCUAAAUACUGGAGGAAAACUACUAUGGCAGCAACUACCAACAGGGAGAGAGAAUGAGAGAUUGUGUUUUUUCUUAUAUAUAUUGUUACAUAUGGAGCUCUGUCCUGCGUAUGAAGUGAGAUGAGGAUCAUGAGUGGUGGUGAUUUUGCACCUGUAUUUAAGUGUUUUGUUUAAGUAAAAGAAAAUGUAAACAUACAUGUCAUUGUGCAUAAUUGUGACCAGAUUAUAUAUGAGGAAAAUAUGCAUAAGUAUUUGGUGUGUGUGUAUGUGUGUGUGUGCUGGAAAUUUUAUAGGCAAAUGAUGUCAAUGUUAAGUUCAAAGGUCACCCUUGUACAAGUUGUCAUGUUGAGGGCAGGGGUGAGACUCAACAGGAGGGUGUGUUCAGCUUGUUGCUGCAAUGCCACACUGAUGAGAGCUCUCCUAAUUAGGCCUUCUGUUGUUGUGUUGAUGUUGGGCCUCCCUUAUACCAAGUGUGUGAUGUGUGGCUGGCACUAGGGUCACAUAGUCUGUAGGAGUGUUUGCACAUGACAGGCGUGAGGGCAAGUGCUGGGGUGGCACUCUCUGUGAUAGAGGCACUCAUGGGGGCAGGGGUUGUGGGCAGCUGAGGCACCUCAGCUUCUCAUACUUAGACAGUUAAGUGUCUCUUGCAUUACUAACUUCUCUUUUUUUUAACUUCACCCAUCCUCACAGUACAAUAACUAACUCCACAUCUCUGUUUUUGUUAAGCUGUUGUUAUUUUGUUAUAUUUUUUUUCAAUCUAGCCCUAAUCUCUCUUACUUCAUUAUGUUACUGACCAGAUAUGCAGAAUCUUACUUGCCAUCCAAAUUGACCACAUAAAAACUAGUCCACAGGGUAGGGAACAGUGUACCAAAUUGUCUUCUCAUAGCACAAGGCAGCGGUGACUCACACCAGUGAGUCGCCUUUCUGUAAGGGAAAAUGAGCCACAUCAUAAGUGGCAUCCUUUCUUUGCCACAGGUAGAGAUGAUGGUGUUUUGAGGGAAGGUCAUUGAGGUCAUAAUGGUUAUUGUUGUUGAUGGUUGCAAUUGUGCACUGCAUGAUUGACUGUCAACCUUUAGGCAUGGCUGUGCCCAGACAAACUUUGCUGACCUUGUGUAUUAUUGCCCAUCAUCUUGCGUGCCAUUUUGUAUUUUGAACAUAGUUGCUGAAUUUUCA